CCGGCAGCAGUUCUUGAAAUUCAAAAAAUUGGAGUUUUGGAGAAGAAGAAGGAAAAAAUGGAUUUUGAUGAUUGGGAAUUGAGUGCAGAGGAAUUGGAUAAACUUGAAAGAGAUGCCCUAAGGCAAAUUGCUGAGCGAAAUGCAUCUUCUUCUUCUGCUACGACGAGUUCCUGUUUGCAAUCAACUGUUUCGUCUCGCCUUCAAGGAGAUGGUAAUGGUUCUGGGGUUUCAUAUAAAAGGGAAGAUGUGUUCUCUGCUGCACCUAUAAUAAGACCUUCGUCAGGAUAUGAUAAGGUCUCUGGGAAAAACUCUGUUGGAAAUUCUGGGCCUCAUAAUGACAAUCACGUGAAACAGCUAACAGAAAAACGCUCGGUUAAAUUUUUUCUUCAUGCGAGUGGAAAUAUUGCAGCAAAGUUUUCAUAUGACCAGAUACUUGUUGAAGCUUGCCGUAAAAUCCCUAAAGCUAGUUGGAGUGCAAAAGAGAGGUUGUGGAUGUUUCCUUUGUCAUCGUUGUCUGUAGCAGAAAAAGUUCUCCAUGAAAUUUCUGGCUCCAAUCUAGAGUUGGAGAAUUUAGAUCCUCUGGUGCAACGUGCCAUUGCUGCUGCUUCUGUGAUGCCUGACCUUCGUGAUCAUUAUGAAUUUAUUCCAAAUAGUAUUGAAACAAAGCUUUUGCCUUUUCAACGUGAAGGGGUUAGAUUUGCAUUACAACAUGGAGGGCGUAUCCUGUUGGCUGAUGAGAUGGGACUUGGAAAGACUCUUCAGGCUAUCGCUGUGGUUUCAUGUGUCCGUGAAUCAUGGCCAGUUCUUGUUCUUGCUCCAUCUGCCUUACGGCUUCACUGGGCUUCGAUGAUUCAACAGUGGAUGAACAUUCCGUCAUCGGAAAUACUUGUAGUUUUAUCUCAAUGCAGCGGUUCAAAUAAGGGAGGAUUUAAAAUAGUUCCUUCAAACACUAAGAAGUCCAUUCACCUUGAUGGUGUGUUCAACAUAGUAUCAUAUGACAUUGUACCUAAGCUUCAAGAUUUACUUAUGGCAUCAACAUUUAAGGUUGUUAUAGCAGAUGAAUCACACUUCUUGAAAAAUGCCCAAGCAAAAAGAACCAGUGCUUCCCUUCCCUUAUUACAGAAAGCUCAGUAUGUGAUAUUGCUCAGUGGAACUCCUGCUUUAUCAAGGCCAAUUGAACUAUUCAAACAGCUCGAGGCCUUGCAUCCUACUGUAUAUAAGAACGUGCACGAAUAUGGCAACCGCUAUUGCAAGGGUGGCAUCUUUGGAGUUUAUCAAGGCGCAAGUAAUCAUGAAGAGCUGCACAGUUUAAUCAAAGCAACAGUGAUGAUUCGACGACUAAAAAAGGAUGUCCUUUCUGAACUCCCUCAGAAACGGAGGCAACAUGUUUUCCUAAACUUGGGGGAGAAGGAGAUGAGACAAGUUAAUGCUCUAUUUCGUGAGUUAGAGGUCAUUAAGGGGAAAGGUAAAUCAGCUCAGUCCGAGGAGGAGGCUAAUUCUCUCAAGUUUGCAGAGAAGAGCCUCAUCAGUAAGAUUUACACUGCCUCCGCUGAGGCCAAAAUUCCAGCAGUUUUGGAUUACCUAGGAACCAUGGUUGAGGCAAACUGCAAGUUCCUGAUAUUUGCACAUCAUCAAUCAAUGAUUGAUUCAAUACAUGAGUAUUUACUUAAGAAGAAGGUUGGUUGUAUUAGGAUUGAUGGCAGCACUCCAUCAGCAUUACGACAAGAUUUGGUGACAGAUUUUCAGGAAAAAGAAACAAUUAAGGCUGCAGUGCUUUCCAUCAGAGCUGGGGGAGUUGGGUUAACAUUAACAGCAGCAAGCACAGUGAUAUUUGCAGAAUUAUCAUGGACACCAGGUGACCUUAUUCAAGCCGAGGAUCGAGCUCACAGAAUUGGCCAGGUUUCCUCUGUCAAUGUGUGUUAUCUGCUGGCGAAUGACACUGUUGAUGACAUAAUUUGGGAUGUCGUUCAGAGCAAGCUAGACAACCUUGGACAGAUGCUUGAUGGCCAGGAGAAAUCAUUGGAAGUUUCGACUAAUCAGUCCCACAGCAGCCCUUCAAAACAGAAGACCCUCGACUCCUUCAUAAAGCGUUGUAAUAACUCACCUCAGGAUCCCAGCAAAAAACACUGUCGUGAUUAAGCCACUCAAGAACAAAUAUUAAACCCCCAUCUCUAUACACAUUAGAGGAGAUUGGAGAUGUGUAUAUUCGACUAGUAUAUGAUACUGUUUAGCAAGUAGUAUGGUGUAUUCCCUCA